CCUUGAAUUGUGUCCAUCUCGAGAGACGAAGAGAAUUGUUAGCAUUUCUGUCGUAUUCCUAACGUGGACCUGAAGACAAAAUGAAGGCUGCCAUCUUUAUAGUCUUUGCCUGUGUCGUAUUAGCAAAUGUUUCAUCUAAGCCAUAUGGCUAUAGACGUUAUGGAGAAAAUGAUAAUGAACCUGCUUUGAAAGGCGAUGUAGGCAGUGGAAAUAACGGAGACGGCAAUGGUGAUGAUAACGGAGAAAAUGGAAAUGGCGAUGAUAACGGAGAAAAUGGAAAUGGUGAUGAUAACGGAGAAAAUGGAAAUGGCGAUGAUAACGGAGAAAAUGGUAAUGGCGAUGAUAAGGGAGAGAAUGGAAAUGGUGAUGAUAACGUAGAAAAUGGAAAUGGCGAUGACAACGGAGAAAAUAGAAAUGGUGAUGAUAACGGAGAAAAUGGAAAUGGCGAUGAUAACGGAGAAAAUGGAAAUGGUGAUGAUAACGGAGAAAAUGGAAAUGGCGAUGAUAACGGAGAAAAUGGUUAUGGCGAUGAUAAGGGAGAAAAUGGAAAUGGUGAUGAUAACGGAGAAAAUGGAAAUGGUGAUGAUAACGGAGAAAAUGGAAAUGGUGAUGAUAACGGAGAAAAUGGUAAUGGCGAUGAUAACGGAGAAAAUGGAAAUGGUGAUGAUAACGGGGAAACUGGAAUCGGAGACGACUCUUAUAGAAGUGGUGAUAGAUACGAUGGAAAUGGUAAUAACGGCGAUAGAUACGAUGGGAAUGGUAAUAACGGCGACAGAUACGAUGGGAAUGGUAAUAACGGCGAUAGAUACGAUGGGAAUGGUAAUAACGGCGAUAGAUACUGACACGAUACUUAUGGAAAUGGCAAUAAAAGAAAACACUGCAAUGUAAUUGAAAAUAACGGAGACAGAUAUCAUGGAUAGGGCAAUAACAGAGAACGAUAUUAUGGAAAUGAUAACAACAGAAAUUUUUGAACCCGUUAAACACUUAAAGCAUUUUUUUCUUAUCUAACUUAUAGUUUAUGGCUAUAUUUUUUAGGAUAUAGAGCACAGCUUUAUACCAACAAUGUUGUUCAAAUAAAUGCAUCGUAUACAUAUUUGUGCAGUUGCAAUUCAAUAAAGUUUUAUUCAAUACG